AUGGAAGAAAUCCCUUCAGAAUCACAAGCUACAAAGUUCACUGCCGAACAAAGGGAAUGCGAGGAAUACUUCGUUAAGACUACUGAAGUCUUACCGUCGGGACGGCUUCAAGUAAGAUUGCCGUUCAAAACUGACCAAAAUGCGUUGGGUCAGUCAUUUGAAACCGCAGCUCGGCGGUUUCAGGCGCUGGAGAGACGUACGUUGAAAGAUCCAGAACCUCGUCAAAUGUAUCUGGACUUCAUGGAAGAGUACUUGGCAUUGGGCCACAUGAGCCCCACUGAUAAUAAAAUCUCGAGUGAAGCCCACUAUUUCAUUCCGCAUCAGUGUGUCUUAAGACCACAAAUGACCUCAGCUAAAAUCUUAUUGCAAGAGUCGUGGAUUAAGAAACUAGAUUGGGAUGAGUCCAUUCCGUUGUAUCUCAACAGCAGUUGGCAGAAUUUUAAAGCGAAUUUGUUGCAGUUGCCUUCAAUCAGCAUUCCUCGGUUCAUUUAUACUGAGUCGAGUGCUAAUUGUCAAAUACACGGCUUCGCCGACGCCUCAAUAAGGGCGGUUGCUCCGCUGAAGACUAAGUCUCUUCCUCGUUUAGAGCUCCUGGUAGCGCAUCUUUUGGCCAAGUUAUGGUCACGCAUUGCGCCAAUGUUGAAUCGACCUAUUGACAGCAUAACAUUCUGGACAGACUCCGAAAUAGUUUUGCAUUGGAUAAAAACACAUCCAUCAACGUUGCAAACUUUCGUUGCAAAUAGAGUGUCCGAGAUUCAAGAGUUGACUCAAAGUGCUUCGUGGCGUCAUGUGCCAACUAAACAAAAUCCUGCGGAUCAAGUGUCUCGGGGUUGUAGCGUGGAUGAAAAACAGAACUCAAUAUGGUUUUCUGGCCCACAGUUCCUCUUAGAAGACCCCGCAAGUUGGCCAAUAAAUACCCAUUGCGAAUUAACGCCUGAAGAACAAGCACUGGAAAAGAAGAAAAACGCCAGCGCCUUGGUAGCAGUGAGUGACAACCGUAAUCCACUCUUAACUGUGAUUGAAAAAUAUUCCUCGCACAAAAAAUUAUUACGAGUUUUUGCCUAUAUUCUGCGAUGGGUCUUAAAGGUGAGAGAUCGAUCCACCAAAUAUGAUCCAACACCAUCGGCACAAGAGUUGCAAUUAAGGUUCUUAAAAAUUGUUCAAAUAGUCCAAUUUAAGGAAUAUAGCCAAGAAAUUACCAAAUUCUCAAAAAAUCUUCCACUACCGUCGAGCUUGCAAAAGUUGAAUCAAUUUUUGCAUGAGUAUUCAGAAAAGUCCUUGUCGUUGAAAUUGUUACGAGUAGGCGGUCGUUUAUUAAAUGUGCCUAUCCCGUACGAUGCCAAAUUUCCUCUAUUAUUGAGUAAAAAUUCGCAGUUCGUGAAUUCGUAUAUACGGUUCCUACAUUUGCGCAACCACCAUGCAGGUGCGAAAGCAUUGGUUGCAAUUUUACGUGAAAAAAUUUGGUUCGUUGGACGCCGGGCAAUACCAGUGACGAUUCACUGCGACAACGCGACGAAUUUCGUAGGAGCCGAUCUGAAGCUCAAGGAACUGAAGGAAGCGUUUCUGAGUCAGAAGGAGGAGGUAACCCAAUACGCAGCGGACGAAGGGUUCAAGUUCACCUUUAUACCUUCCAGGGCUCCCCACUUCGGCGGGUUAUGGGAGGCCGCAGUGAAGUCGGUGAAGCACCUGCUCGUACGAGCCGUAGGCAACGCGAGUCUCACCGCCGAAGAAAUAGAAACGCUGCUCGUCGAG